AUGCACAAGCGAGAACUUGUCGCGGAAAUGGUGAAGGAAGCAAAAAGUGCAUUGAAGAGAGGUGGGUUUGAGGGAAAGAAAACUGUCAGUGUGAAGAUUAGAAUUCAUCGGGAUUUACGAGAAACGAUAGAUUUCAUCAAAACCGUCCAAGAUGCCGGCGUAGACUUCAUCACCAUCCACGGCCGCAUGCGCUCAACCCCCUCCUCCCACCCCGUAAAUCUCGAAGCUAUAAAACUUCUCACGGCCCACACCACCGUCCCUACCCUCUCUAACGGCGACAUAUUCACUCUCUCUGACGCCUUCCAUCAUACCUCGCACACUGGUGUCUCUGGCGUUAUGUCCGCCCGCGGACUUCUCGAGAAUCCCGCCCUCUUCGCGGGCUACACAUCGACCCCUUGGGAAUGCGUCGAUGUAUUUAUGAAUCAGGUGCUCAAACAGCCUAUACCGUUUAAACUCGUGGUGCAUCAUUUAAGCGAAAUGUGCGGCACAGAUCGUUCGCAGAAUGGGGGGAAUAAUGGGUUGUUGGGGAAGGAGGAGAGGAUGAGAUUGAUGGAGUGUAGGGAUAUGGUGGAUGUGAUUGAUUUGAUGGAUGAAGUGAGGGGACUGCGGAGGUUAUAG